AUGAUCAUCGAACCAUUUGUGGAAAGUCCUGGGGUGUUCCGCCGUGUAGCCACCGCUAACGUUGAGUGUAGACGGCAUGGGGCGGAUCAAUACCCCGGCCGCAUUGUUGCCCCCCUCCCCCGCAACUCGCCCCUCUGCAGCCGAAACUCGCCCCGUUCGAUCCCGCCAAAGCUGAUCAAUUUUUGUUACACGCAGUCG